AUGAAUAACAAAAGGAAGAACAAUGUCAAUGGACUUCUUCUCCUCCUUCUCUUUGUUCUAACCCUUAUUUCCCAAGGCCAUGCACACUACCACUUGGGCAAAGAGGUGGUUACUGACCUCCACUUCUUCUACCAAGAAAACCUCCUUGCAGAUCCCCCUACUGCCGUGCUUGUUGCCAAGCCUAAAGACACCAUAGUCAAUGCCACUAAUCGUUUACCAUAUGGGGCAACAUAUGUGCUUGAUACACCUCUCACUGCAGAACAAGACCCAAACUCGGAGGUUGUAGGGCAAACACAAGGACUUGCAGUGUCUGCAGGGCAGAACCUGUUAUGGUGGACAACAGAGAAAAGAGAGAGUAGAGGCACACAACAAGACGAAGGAGAAAACAAAGGGAGGAGAAAAGCUUUAAACUAA